ACAGGUUCCAGUAGACACAGCAAUGGCGUUGAGAAAGAUCUGCCAGGUUGGGAUCGGAUCUUCCCGUAAUUAUUGUACAGCGACUAAGAUCGAAGCCAGAAAAGAAGCCUUAGCAUCAAGUCCACAAUGGUUGGUAGGACUCAGUAGAUGGGCUUACUACAAAUCUUAUUUUCCAACAUUAGGUUUGAUGAGAGAUGACUGUUUAUAUGUGGACAAGUAUGUGAAAGAAGCUGUGGAGAGACUCCCUAAUGAUGUAAAAGUAGCCAGGGAAUUUCGAAUGGGCAGAGCUCUUAUUCUCAGUCACAGCAAAGAAAUAUUACCCAAGGAAGAAUGGACAAGCUAUGAAGAGGAUGUGGACUAUUUAUCACCAAUAGUUCAACAAGUGAAGGCAGAACAUAGACUAAGGAAAAUCUUAGAUGAAAGACAUGGAACAAGAAAAACACAGGGAAUAUUUGGUACCAUUGGACAAGUUUUAGGAUUGCAGAAAAACAUAAAAUGAGGGAAAAACUGUUAUAAAAUGAAACAAUAUUUAAGUUAGAAGUUUUUAUCUGUGAGUUAUUGAAGUUGUAAAUAAAAAACGAAAAUGAUAAUAAA